AUGUUUCAUUUAGUAUUUAUCUCUAUAGCUUUCUAUUAGAUAUAUGCUUAAACUAAAAUUACGUUGUAAGGUUCACAACCACUUAAGAUUGAGUGUAAAGGGGGUAAGAUAAUUAAUAAGAACUUUCAUUAGAUUAUGGUAUAUUAGGAAAUCAAGAUUUUAAUAAAUAACUAUACUAGUAAAGCAUACUAUAAUCUGUGGAUUAGAUUACAUUUAGUUUUUGGAUGAUGGUUCAUUCUUAGAUAAAAAUGACUGGAAGAUAAAUUAUAUUUAGUUUAGUUGAUGGAUUUUCAUCAAAUCCUGUAAUCUUUAUUAUUUAUUUAGUCUUUAAAUUUGAUGCUUUUUUAUUAAAUCGAAUAAGAAGAUUAUUAUUUAAGCUUAAUUAAUCAAAAAAUGACUCCAGUAAUUUUAAAAUUAAAAAUUGUCUAGUAAUUUAUAUUAUAUUAGAUAUUAGAGUAAAUAAUCUUUUCAUAGAUACAUGGAAUCAUGUAUUUCUUUCGAUUGAUUAAAAAUCUUCAAAUGUUACUUUCCUCAAUCUUAAAUUUUUUUCCACUUAUAAUUUUUAACUUUUUCAAGUAGUCGAUACAUUGAUAAAUGAAAAGUAAAUAUUGAUAUAAAUUUUAGACUAAUUUAUAAAUUUACUUAUGAAUCCAGAAUAACAAAUGAACGUUUCACUAGUAAUUCACCCGAUGAUUCUAAGGCUUGCAUUUACCUAGCAAGUUUUGAUUAUAUAAAUGGAUGGUCAUCUAUGGACUAAGAAAUAUAUGUAGAUUAUGAACCCAUACUUAAAUUUGCAUUAAAGCCUUAUGCAUCAGAUGGUAUUAUAGUAGAUAAAGUUUUUGAUCAAAUCAAUUUGAGACAAAGUACAGUUCCAAUUGAAUAUAGUGGAAAGAUAGGCAUGAAUUUGUAUAAAAAUACAUAGAUAGUUUACAAUUUCUUAGAAAAAUUGUCUUCUUUAACAAUAAUGUUUUGGGUUAAACCUUAAAAUAUAGAAUCUUCAUUUUAAUUUUUAUCUUUAACAGAUGAUGUUUUAUAAGAAACUAGUAUAGGGUUUGGAGUUAAUAAAAAUUAUGAUCUAUUGUUUUAUCAAAUUUAUACUAAGUCUCCAAUUGGGGCUUUGGCCUCCAACACUUGGAAAAAAGUUACAGCUGCAUUUUUAGAUUUAGGUUUUAAUGCAAACUUUGAGCCAUUAAAUUAAAAAAAAGCAAUGAGAAUAUUUAUUGAUAAUGUCUAAACAAAGUUAGAUUUUGUUAUGAACAUAAAACCAUAUAAAAGAUUAGUUAUAGGACCUGUUUUUAUGGAUGAUUGUGGAUAAGAAGUCAUUGACAUUUAAGAUAUAAAAAUUUUUUCAGGAUAUGGAAUUUUAUAAACAUUUAAUCAUGAUUGUUAAAUCUUGGUUGGCAAGUAUUGUGCAUUUUGUAAAUCAGGCACUCAUUAUUGUAAAGAAUAAGAUCCUAAUGAUGACAUUAAAGUUUAUAAUUGUCCAGCUGGAUAUAAAGAUUAAAAUUAUGAAUGCUCUUAAAUCAAUAUUCCAAAUUGUCUCAGAAUGUCAUCAUUUACAUGUGAGAUAUGUGCAUGGGGUUAUCAAUUAAUAAACGGAUAAUGUCAAUCUACUAAUUAAAUUGUUACUUCCCCAUACUCUUGUAAAGAUCCUAAAGCACAAUAUUGCUCUAUCAUAAAUUCGCUAACUAAAUCUGAUUAAACUAGAAACGACAUAAGUAAAUUAUGCUUAAAUAAUUUUUACUCAUUUAUAGAAUAUACCUGUUCUGGAUUAGAAGUGCCUUCAUGUUUGAAAUCUCAAUUUCCCUAUAAGUGUGCUUAGUGUAUAGAUGGGUUUACAUUAACUGAAAAUAAAGUUUGUUCAAAAAUUUGCUCAAAUAAUUAAAAAUUUUUAAAAUCAAAUGGUGAAUGUGUAAGCUAUUGUAAAAAAUAUUUAUUCAGCAUAGAAUGUUCUCCUACAGGCAGCAUAUAAAAAAACUAAUGCAAUCCAUUAGAUACUUGUUUAAGCACUGAAAAGGAUCUUGGAUAUUAUUGUUUGACAAGUGCAUAAAGUAUUCCAGGAUAAACUAAGAGUUGUUAAGUGACAAACAGCCAAAUUUUGCAAGAUUAACUUUUAAUUUGCCAUGUAAAAUGUAAAUAUUGUUUUGGUACUGGUGAAACAAAUUGCUUGGGGUGCUAUGAAAAUAUGUAUUACAAUCCUCAUACUACAUCAUGCUUGUCAAAUUGCAAUAGUUUUGAUUUGAAUGCUAGAUUCAUAUAUAAUAACAGAUAUAACUGGAUGUGUGAAUUAGAAUGUCCAUUUGAUUUAUAUACUCAGAAUUCUGAUUGUGUAAAAGAAUGCAGUGUAGGAUUUAAAUAAUUUGAUGAAAAAUGCUUACCUGAUUAAAUAUACAAAGAUUUGUUCGAAUUAAACUAAGGUUGCCCAGAAUUUUGUGAAAUAUGUAAUAGUGAUAAAAUUUGUACAAAGUGUCAAAAUCUCUUCUCUAUGGAUCAAGGUAAAUGUGUUAAAUCAUGCUAUCCAAAAUAUUUAAGUAUUAUAGAUCGAACUCGUUUAUGUAAAUUAAGUUGUGACGCUGGAGAUUUAAUCUACAAAAAUGAUAAUAUUAAUGGAUAUCAAAUUAAUAAAUGUUUUAAGAAAAAAUGUGGAGUUAUUAGAGUCAAUAAAGAAUAUUAAACUUAUUAACAUUAAACAGAUUCACAUCGAUGUCUGUAUCCAUGUGAAGCAGGAUAUUAUGGUAACACUCUCCUUCUAUAAUGUUAACCAUGUAGUAAUAAGUGUAAAACCUGUGAAAUAUCUCCAUAAUUUUGCACAUCUUGUUACCCUAUGACAUUUUUAGAAGCUAGUGAUUGUUUUGAAUCAUGUAAAGGAAAGUUUUAAAAUUAUGUAAACUGGAAUUGCGAAGGAUCUUGUUCAAUAGGAUAUAAAGUUGUAGAUAAAGUUUCCAAUAUAAAUGCUUGUGUUUCAAAAUGUGGAGAAAUCUUUGCCACUUUUGUUUAUUCUUGGAAUAAUAGCUGUUAUGAAAAAAAACCAGAAAUAGGAGUUUAUUGUUUAGGAUAUGAAUGUUAAAACUGUAAUAAUUAUUGCAAGACAUGUUCAGGUCCUAGCCCAACUUAAUGCUUAUCUUGUAAACAAAAAUCAUAUUUAUAAAAUAAUAAGUGUGUUAAUAACUGCAGUUCAUAAUUAUAAGAUAAUAUAAAUUGGCAAUGUGUUGAUGAAUGCCCAAAAGAUAGUUAUAGUACUACAGGCAAAUUAUAAAUUAAUGAUAAUUCAAUAAGCGUAACAUAAUGUGAUACUACUUGUUUAUUAGAUUAAUUUUAACUUAAAGAUAAAUGCUUUUAGAAUUAACCAAUUUAGACUUACUGCAAAAAAAAAGUUAAUUAUUAUUAUUGUGAAUACUGUUCUUCUGUUUGUUCAGAAUGUUAUGAUGUCUAUUCUAAUUCUUGCACAAAAUGUUCUAAUGGAGCUUAUUUAUAUGAUACUACAUGUUACACUGAUUGUCCAGAUGAUGCGCCUUACAAGGAUGAUAGCGUUCAAAAAUGUGUUUCAAGUUGCUCUUAAUAUGCAGAAAAGGGUCGUUGUGUUGUUUAAUGCUCAUCUUUGUAUUUCUUAUACGAAGAAAAAAGGCUUUGUUUUUAAAUGGGAUGUCCAUUAGGAACUUAUGAAUCAUAAUUAAAAUAUUGUAAUAGUUGUAACGCAGGUUGUGCAACUUGCACUGGAGGAUCUGAUCAAGAAUGCACAACUUGUUUACCUGGAUACUUUUUGAACGGAGGGACAUUUUGUAUCAAAGGUUGUACAGUUGAACCAGAUUUAAUUUAAGAUUGGAUUAAUGGUGCAUGCGUAUAAUAAUGCCCUUAAGGUGCAUAUUUACAAACAUUACCUGGAGGAGACCUAGCUUGUAAAGAAGAUUGCCCAAUUUAUUAUUAUUCUAAUAUAUGUGUUUCGAAUUGUCCAGAAUAAACAUAUUUAGAUAAAUAAAUUUGUAGAAGUUGUGCAAGUGCUUGUUCAGAAUGUUUUGGCACAAAAAUCGAUCAAUGUUCUAAAUGUGAUCUUGGAUAUUAUAUUGAAUAAACUACAUGUUAUGCAAUUUGCCCUGAUUAUAAGCCAUAUGCAAAUUUAGCUGAUUCAAGAUGUGUUGCUCAAUGCCCUGAUUAUUUAUACUUAAAAAAAAAUUAUUGCUUUAGUCCCUGCCCUGCCAUCUUAUACUAUUAUGAAAUAAAUGGUAAAAAAGAAUGUGUUGAUCAAUGCUAUUCAAAAUCUUAUUUAUGGCUUGGUAAAUGUUAUGAAUGUAAUUCAAUUUGCAAAGAAUGUUUUGGCCCUAAUAAUGGAAAUUGUCUUGAAUGUGAAUUACCUUACUUUUUGAAUUAAUAGACAUGUGGAGUCACCUGUCCUAAAUUUUAUGACUAAACAGAUCAUAUAUGCAAAGAUGCAUGUCCUGUUAAUUUAGUUAUUUAAGAAUCUAAUUGUUAAAAUAAAUGUGAUCCUGGAUAUUUAAUUUAUAAUAAGGUUUGUGUUAAAUAUUGUCCAUUUUAUGCAUAUUAAGUGGAUAACUACUGCUAUGAUUGUAAUUUUUUUUGUAGCUCUUGUUUUGGACCAACAUCUAAUGAAUGCUUUUCUUGUAAUGAUAAUUAUUUUUAAGAUGGAUAUAGUUGUAAAUCAGUUUGCCCUUAAUUUUAUAAUAAAGAAAAUAAAAAAUGUAUGCUUAAUUGCACUGGUCUGUAAGAAAUCACCGAAAAAAAAGAGUGUGUUUCUUAAUGUCCAUCAAAUUACAUAACUUGUUAAUCUAAAUGUGUUUUAGUCCUAUAAGAUGGAUAUUAUUAAGAUGGAAAAAUAUGUAAAAAAUGUGAUCCUAGAUGUUCAAAAUGCACUUCCCCAACACUUUGUUAAGCUUGUGUUUAAAAUUUUUAUCUUGAAGUUUAAUCUUGUGUGAUGAUUUGCUCGAAUUCUUAUUUGUACAUGGAUCCCCUUUCGAGAUCCUGUGUAACAAAAUGUCCUUACACAUUAUAUCAUUUAGAAUAAUAUGGAAAAAGAUUUUGUGUAGCUGAUUGCGCUUACAAACUUUAUGAUUAAUGUGUAUUAAAAUGUCCAAAAGGAAUGUAUUCAAAAAAUAAAGUAUGUACUAAAUGCCCUUAAUAUUGUGAAGAAUGUGAAACUGCUACAAAAUGUACAAAAUGUUUAUUGGGUUAUUAUUUUUAAAAUGGAUCAUGCUUAAAAAGUUGUUUAAAUAGUAAGACUGAUACAAAGAAUUUUAAGUGUGUUAAUACGUGUGAUGCUUCUUUGUUUGAAUAUAAAAAUGAAUGCUUAGAAAAUUGUCCAACAAAUCCAAUUUUGUAUAAAAAUAAAAAAAUAUGUUCUCUUUCAUGUCCAAAUAAUACUUAUUAAAACGAAAGAGAAUGUGUAGAUUGCAAUGCAUCCUGUUUAACAUGCAUAGGACCUACUAAUAAAGAUUGCAUAACAUGUUAAGAUGGAUUUUAUUUGGAUAAUUAAAUUUGUACCAAUGCAUGUUCAUCUUUAUAUGAUGAAGUCAAUAAAAAAUGUGUUCUUGCGUGUCCUAAAAAUCUCUUUAAGAAUUAAAAUAAAUGUGUAAAAAUAUGUGAUGCUUACCAAUAUAUUAAUAAUUGUGUUAACACCUGUCCACCAUAAACAUAUGCUUUGAAUUAAAAAUGUUUUGAUUGUUCUGAAAAUUGUCAAGAAUGCAAUUCUUUUGGAUGCACAAUAUGUGGUUCUGGUACAUUUUUAAAUGAUGGUUUAUGUAGUAAAUAUUGCCCAUAUUAUUACAAUGAAGUAAAUAAUCAAUGUGCUUAAUUAUGUCCAAAAGAUACUUUUGUAUAUAUAGAUCAUUGUUAUUCAGAAUGCCCAGUGAGUNGAAUUAAUAGACAUGUGGAGUCACCUGUCCUAAAUUUUAUGACUAAACAGAUCAUAUAUGCAAAGAUGCAUGUCCUGUUAAUUUAGUUAUUUAAGAAUCUAAUUGUUAAAAUAAAUGUGAUCCUGGAUAUUUAAUUUAUAAUAAGGUUUGUGUUAAAUAUUGUCCAUUUUAUGCAUAUUAAGUGGAUAACUACUGCUAUGAUUGUAAUUUUUUUUGUAGCUCUUGUUUUGGACCAACAUCUAAUGAAUGCUUUUCUUGUAAUGAUAAUUAUUUUUAAGAUGGAUAUAGUUGUAAAUCAGUUUGCCCUUAAUUUUAUAAUAAAGAAAAUAAAAAAUGUAUGCUUAAUUGCACUGGUCUGUAAGAAAUCACCGAAAAAAAAGAGUGUGUUUCUUAAUGUCCAUCAAAUUACAUAACUUGUUAAUCUAAAUGUGUUUUAGUCCUAUAAGAUGGAUAUUAUUAAGAUGGAAAAAUAUGUAAAAAAUGUGAUCCUAGAUGUUCAAAAUGCACUUCCCCAACACUUUGUUAAGCUUGUGUUUAAAAUUUUUAUCUUGAAGUUUAAUCUUGUGUGAUGAUUUGCUCGAAUUCUUAUUUGUACAUGGAUCCCCUUUCGAGAUCCUGUGUAACAAAAUGUCCUUACACAUUAUAUCAUUUAGAAUAAUAUGGAAAAAGAUUUUGUGUAGCUGAUUGCGCUUACAAACUUUAUGAUUAAUGUGUAUUAAAAUGUCCAAAAGGAAUGUAUUCAAAAAAUAAAGUAUGUACUAAAUGCCCUUAAUAUUGUGAAGAAUGUGAAACUGCUACAAAAUGUACAAAAUGUUUAUUGGGUUAUUAUUUUUAAAAUGGAUCAUGCUUAAAAAGUUGUUUAAAUAGUAAGACUGAUACAAAGAAUUUUAAGUGUGUUAAUACGUGUGAUGCUUCUUUGUUUGAAUAUAAAAAUGAAUGCUUAGAAAAUUGUCCAACAAAUCCAAUUUUGUAUAAAAAUAAAAAAAUAUGUUCUCUUUCAUGUCCAAAUAAUACUUAUUAAAACGAAAGAGAAUGUGUAGAUUGCAAUGCAUCCUGUUUAACAUGCAUAGGACCUACUAAUAAAGAUUGCAUAACAUGUUAAGAUGGAUUUUAUUUGGAUAAUUAAAUUUGUACCAAUGCAUGUUCAUCUUUAUAUGAUGAAGUCAAUAAAAAAUGUGUUCUUGCGUGUCCUAAAAAUCUCUUUAAGAAUUAAAAUAAAUGUGUAAAAAUAUGUGAUGCUUACCAAUAUAUUAAUAAUUGUGUUAACACCUGUCCACCAUAAACAUAUGCUUUGAAUUAAAAAUGUUUUGAUUGUUCUGAAAAUUGUCAAGAAUGCAAUUCUUUUGGAUGCACAAUAUGUGGUUCUGGUACAUUUUUAAAUGAUGGUUUAUGUAGUAAAUAUUGCCCAUAUUAUUACAAUGAAGUAAAUAAUCAAUGUGCUUAAUUAUGUCCAAAAGAUACUUUUGUAUAUAUAGAUCAUUGUUAUUCAGAAUGCCCAGUGAGUACUUAUUAGUAUAAAAAUGAUUGUCUUUUGGUAUGUCCAACUCUAACAGUUUAAGUAAAUAAUGCAUGCGUUUCAUGUUCUGAAAGAUGUUUAAUUUGUAAGAGUGAAUAUGAAUGCUCAAAAUGCGAAAACCCAUAUUUUUUAUUUAGUGGUUCUUGCGUUGUGCAAUGUCCACUAUAAUUACGAUUUCAAGAUUUCGUUAACGGCUUGUGUGUUUCGAGUUGUCCACCUGAAUCUUAUGAAAAAGGAUAUGAGUGUGUUAAGGAAUGUGAUUUGAUUAUACACUAAAAGCAAUGCCUCUAAGCAUGUCCUAUUGGGUAUUAUAGUAAUGAUUAUUGUAAACCAUGCCGAUUAGAAUGCAAAGCUUGUUCAAGUUUUGAAAUUUGCACAGAAUGUAAUGAAAAUUUCUUUCUUGAAUUCAAUCAAUGUGAUACUUAAUGUACUAAAAUAAAAGAUUUAAAAUCAAAAUCAUGCGUCAAUGUUUGCAACAAUUUUUUAUAUAAGAAUGUUUGUUAUGAAACUUGCCCAAAUAACACAUAUGAAUUUAUAAACGAAUGUGUCUUAAAUUGUAAUAAUGGGUAUUAUGGCACUAUAGACUAUAAAUGCUAGAAGUGUCCCUAAUAAUGUGUAAAUUGUAUUAAUUCUUCCGAAUGUACCAAAUGUACUAUAGGAUACUUUUUACAUAAUGAAUAAUGUUUAGAUUAAUGUCCUGUCUCAUUUUUUUCAAAUCCUAUACUUAACGAAUGUUCAACAAAAUGUCCUGUCACUACAUUUAUAUUUUAAAAUUCUUGUCUUUUUGAAUGCCCCUCUUAAUAUUUUAACGAUAUGGAUAAUUAUAAAUGUGUGAAUAAUUGUGGACCUUAAUAGUAUUUAAGUAAAAAAAACUGUUUAAAAUGUUCGAUAGAAUGUGAUUAGUGCACUGGAAAAGGAAAUAAUAAUUGCAUCAAGUGUGCAAGCAGUUUUAUAUUGACUGAAGAUGGAUUUUGUAUAGGCAAUUGUAAAGAUGGAUAUUACAAAUAAGAUAAUUCUUGUUAUUAAUGUAUACAUAAGUGUUAAACAUGCUCAAAUGCGACUGAUUGCAUUAAAUGUAGAGGGUUCAAUAGAAAUGCUGAAGAUUGUUCUUGUCCAAAAGGAUACUAUGAUGAUGAAUUCUAAGAUGAUUGUAAAAAAUGUCCUUGUGAUGAAUGUACUUCAAGUGAUAACUGUCUUAUAUGUAAAAAUAAUCUUUAAGUUCCAAAAUGUAAUUGUGAUAGAGUUCUCAAUGAUGAUUGGUGCAUUACUUGUCAAGUAGCUAAAGUCAAUAUUUAUUAUUCUGAUGAUCUAAAUCAAAUAAUAGUAAAUUUUGGUUAUUUGAUUUCUGUUAAUUUGAUAAAUCCAUUUUAACCUUCAAAUUGUUCUUCUUGGUUUGAUAAUUCAGAAAUUUUUGGUAAAAAUGCUUAAUGUUAUUUAUCUUGGAAUAGAUAUGCCGUACACAUUAUAUUAUAACCUUAUGCAUCUAUUAAAAUAGGAGAUUAGUUAAAUUUUAAGAGUUCUUUUUAUAGAGACGUAGAUUAAGGGAUUUGUGAUGAACUGUUUAUUGAAUAAUUUAUUGAAAAUAAAGUGAAAGAACCUUAAAGCUUCUCUAAACCUUAUAUUCUUUUUGAUGUUCCUUCAUUUGUUAGCACAUGCAAAACAAUAUUUAUUAAAUAAAUCUUAUUAGAUGGUACUGGUUAAAAACUUUAGACUAUUCUAUCUUGGACCCUUAAAGAAAUGGAAAAUGAGGAAUAAUUUCUACAAAUGGAUGCAUUCUUAGCUAAUCAAUAAAAUGAGAUUACUAUUCCUAUAGGUACCUUAUCAACAAAUGUUACAUAUACAAUCACAGCAAAGUAUAUUAAUUUCUUGUAAAGAGUUAAUUUCACAACAUUUUCAUUUACAACUCUCCCAAUACAAGCUCCUUAUGUAUUUUUAAGUUUUGAACCUCUAAUGGCAAGAGUUUAUGUAUUUGAUUGCCAUGUCUCUUACUCAGAUUUGAAAAAGAAAUUUAAUGUUUUUAUAGAGAUAUUAGGAAAUAAGAAUGAAUCAUAUCUAUAAUUAACUUAAGAAAUAAAUCCACUUUAUGACAUUCCUUUAAACGAGUCUCUCCUUCCUAAAGAGACUCCUUUAAAAUUUAUGGCAUCAACUGGAAGUUCGAUAAUAAAAGAAGUUUUUUAUUUAAAAUCGAAAGAAAUAGAAAUAAAUUUUUUAUAAAAAAAUAGGUUUAUUGGUUUGGAUAAUUAAAUUAAUGCAAGAGGCUUUGAUAGAAACAUCUAAGAUGAAAUUUUAAGCACAAAAGAAAUCAAUUAUGAAUGGUUAUGCAAUAACUUACAUAAUUUAUAACCUUGCAAAACAGAUGAAAAUCAAAUUAUGCAAUUUCCAUCUAGAAGAAUUGUCAAUAUCUUUGCUGAUAGUUAAAAUACAACUUUCGUAUUUUUCGCAAAAGCAUCUAAAGGUAAUAGAUGGACAGUCAAAGAAUAAUUGAUAAUCAUUACAGACUUUAAUAUUGAGGAAGAAUUUACUAUCAAUAAUGAUGAUCCUAAAAAUUAUAUUAAUGCAAAUGAUGAAGUGACGAUUUUAAUAAAAAAAUAAUAACAAUAUGCAUUUAUAAUCUAAAAACACAAAAUUUUGGAAUCUAUCAAAAUAACAAGCUUGUCCUUUAAAUUUAGAUUAGCUGGUUUUACAACUGAUUAUAAAAGUCCAGUUUACAUUUAUUUGAUACCAGGAAAUGAAUCAAUCGUUUUCAAAUUGAAUGAUCCACCUAAAGAUGGAAGCCUAAAAAUAGAGCCUUUAAUAGGAGAAUCUCUAGAUUAUUUUAAUUACUCUUUUACAAAUCUUUUAGGGGGAAAUUAUUUCAGCCUUUAUUAUUAUUUUGAAAAAUCCAUUUUGGAAAGUGAUAUAAAUACAUAAUCUACUAUUAAUGGAAUUCCACUGGUCACAAACUCAAAUGCAACUUCUGGAUAAUUUUAAUUGCCAAAUGGAAUCACUGAUAACUCAAUAUCUGUUCUAUGUGAGAUUUAGUCAAUUUAAGGAGCUAAAUCUUACUUGAAAUAAGAUAUAUAGGUUGUGAGGAAAAAUUAUGAAUUGUAGCGAUUAUACAAAUCAUUCACUUAUUAAACAAAUUUAAAAGAUUUACAAAGUCUUCACACUAUGAUUGCAUUGAUUUAACUAGAAAAAAAAUAGGUUUGUUUGAAACAGUGUUCAGGUGUUGGAACAUGUGUUAAUAAUAAAUGUUAAUGCCCUCCUGGAUAUUAUUUUGAUGAUUGUAGUGGAAAUUAAGAUUAAUAAAAUUAAUUUAAUGAAUUUUUAAAUAAUGUUAUGUAAUCAUUGAUUAAGAUACCAAUAAAAAAUAAUCUAGAAAUGAAAUUAUUUAGUCAUUCUCUUUAUUUCUUAUAAUAGUUUAAUUCCAAAAAUACAUUAAGUUUAGAAGAUUGCUAAACCAUAUUAUAAUCUUAUAUAGAAAACACAAAUUAAAGAUUAGAAUAGAUAAAUUAAUAUUCAAUAAAUUUAUAAUAUUAAUCUACUGAUGAUUUUAAUUAUUCAUAAAUAGACAUUCGUUCUUUAAUUAAUAAAAAUGAUUUACACAUCGCUCUUAAAAGUACUGUUUUUAUGUGGGAAAAAACAAUAUUUACUUAAGGUUCAGAUAUUUAUUAAUUACAAAAUCAUUUAGGCAACUUUAUAAACAAUAUUAUUGAAUUAUCUAUCUUUGCUUUAAAUCCAAACGAAAAAAUCGAUUUUUCAAUCGACACUGCGUUUAUUAAUAUUAAAAGUACUAAUUUGAUUUUAAAUCCUUUUAAUAACAGGCUAUUGUAAGAAUAAAUUCUACAGAAUUCAUAAUUUUAUUAUGUCAUUUAGUCAAUUUACAUAAAAAAUUAUUAUGCAUUUGAUGGUUACUACCCAUAUCCUGAUUAAAUAUAUCCACUAUAUGAUUAUUAAAUUCGGCUUUAGAAGAGAAAAUAAAACUUUUUUUAUAAUCACUCAAUACUUUAUAAUUUUGGUGAAUUAAAUGAUACUAGUAAUCUAGUAUGUUUACAGAGAGAUUGGUAAAGUUAUGAAUGGUCAAAUUUUAAAUGUGAAUUAAACUUUAUAAAUUAAAGUUAUUUUUGCAAUUGUAGUAUGUUGGCUCCUACAACAAUUUGUAAUGAUAAAAGAUACUUAUAUGACAGCAGAAAUUAUUUUUAACUUAAUAUUCCUAAUCUUCUUUACAUUAUUUACUUUAUUUAAUUAUUUUUAUUAUUAUAUUUUUCUUUUAAACAGACUUAAUAUAAUAAAAUUAAUUAAAAUUAACAAAAUAAAUUUGGACAUGUAUUCAAAUUAUAAAAAAGCAAUAAACCUCAAAUUCUUGCUAAUUAGAUCUAAUAUGAUAGUUUGGAGAAUAGGAAAAAUUAAGAAUAAAAUUUUAUAGUUGAUACGAAAGAGCAGCAAUCUCAAGCGAAAUUUCAUUUUAACAAUUUUUGGGUAAUUUAAAAAUCAUAAUUUAGAAAUAUCAUUUCUUAACUUCUUUGUAAUAUAAUUAAAAGCCUUAUUUAAGUAUUUUAAUAAAAAGUUGUUUAAUCCUUCUUAGAUGGAAUUAAGCAAUAAUUAUUGGAGAAAUAUUUACCUUGUUAGAUUACAAAUAUUAAAUUUUAAUGUGGAUUGAACUAGGAUCGUUUAUAUUAAGCAGAAUUAGCGAAUAUAUAUUUAAAGUAUGGUCUAAAAUUUUUAUAAUAGAUCUAAUCUAAAUAUUUAUUAUUUAUGUAAUAAAAGUUACUUUUAUUCCUUAUAUAAAUUAGCUUAGCUUUAAUAUUGAUUUUGUCUUAUCUCUUUGGCCUAUAUGUAUACUUUAUGAUAAAAAAUUAAACAAGUUUAGUAAAUAUAAUCAUAAUUUAGAUCGUUUCUUAUACAUUUGCUGCUUUAAUAGACUUUUUAUUUUUAGAUCUUAUAAUGUUCAGCGCAAAUAGAUAUUUAGGAGAAAAAAAGAAGAAAAUGAUAAGAAAAAAAAUCAAAGAGUUUCACCAGAUUACACAAUCAAGGAAAGAAAAUUGA